ACCAUAAACUACUAUUCACACCAGACCAAGACUAUAGCAGCAAAACCCCCGAGUAUGUUGAACUGAGCGAGAAUGUGCUACUUCUUCACUCAAAAGUUACAUAGUCCUGCUUUAAGGACCAUAUAAGAUUAUCUAAACCCUGAUUGCUACAUCACAUGCAAUUUAAGAGGGUACAGUACAGUAUGUAUGAAGUACAAGCAAAUAAAGUGCAGUGGGACUAUUAAAUUGAAAAAUGUGAGAUAAAAAUAUCAGUUUUCUCUUGUGUGUUUGUGUACUAUAUUAAACUAGGUCUGUUUGAAUUCACCAUCCUGCAGUAACACACUGAGAUAAUCUGUUUCCACUGAGUGGACUGGAGAUAACCUACUUUAUAGUUAUAGAAAGAUAAAAAUCAUAUUUUCUGUCAAAUCAUGGCAACACUGCAGUUUUUCCAUUCCCUUGCCAGAAAGAGUUUCAGACUAAUGCCAACUACUGUUUUUACAGUUUUGUUUUGACAAAUGUAUCAAUACUAAAUAUUCUUUGCAGUAUUUGAAUACUAAAAUGUACUCUCUCAUCGUCAUUAACUUUAAUGUGUCAUUGGUUUCAUUUUAAAUGGAUAAAAAUCCAUCUACACAUCCAUACAAAACAAAAGCACACCUUGUGUUGUGUUUAACUGAAAGUGGAGUUUUACUUUUAAGUACUAAUAUUUAAGUAGUACAGGCAUUUUAAUAUGGUUUACUUUACUUUGCUAGUGCCUACUAAAUAAGCUGAUAAUACAUCUUGAUCCUACGUAUAUUCGUUAGAUCAUUAGAAAUGUAUUGUGUAAUUGUGAAUAUUUUUUUUUUUACAUUUUCUUCAGUUAUAAGCGAGAUGAAAUUAGAAAUCUAUAAAAUAGAUCCUAGUUAGUCUUGUCAUUUAAUUUGAUUUUACAUUUGUAGUUAGACUUUAUAGAUCACGCACAUUACUGACUUCUACAUGUAGACGUGAGUGGCGCAUGACCAGUUUAUCUGUAGAUUAGUCUGUCUCCUGGAUUAGUAGUCUGGAUUACCUCUACCUUAAUGAAUGAGAAAAUGUACGGAGAUUAAUUAAACACAAUUAUAAUGGACCCCAGCAAAAGGGAUUCAGUCAUGAUACUGAAAUACAAAUGGUUAGUGUGCUGCUGUGAUAGUGAAAUAACUGAAAUAGUAUGUGUGGAUUUAAGACUGACUUUGGGAGUCUUUUUUAAAUGGUUGCAUUAUUUUCUGUGUUUAAUGCUGAGCAAAAACUGUCACAACAAUCACAACCCUGCAAAAAAUAAUAUUUUAGCUUCAGGUAGUCAAUAAAGCGAUAUGAACCCAUACCCAAAAGACCAAUCACAUUUCUUAACUCACUGAGACACAGGCCUUUUAACUGCACAAGGGAGGCAACAGUGACACAAAAAAACUUUCACACUUUCAUUUGCUCCUCCAUUUCUGCAACUGUGGACCUUAACAUUUGCCUUAAGUGACAGAUGUGAUGGAUUGGGCAAAGCUGCCAAUUUGCAGUAUGAAAAUGCACCGGCCGCCUGUCACGUUACUGAGGAGCAGAUGGGUUAAGGGUCUAAUCAGGCCAGAACUGAGUUAAGCCGGACUGACGGCAACUAGUGGCACUAAUAAAGAUGAAGUGAAAAUGGAAGACUUGUAUUUGUGCAUCACCAUUUUUUAGCUUUUUAGGCGGCAGAAGAAAAACAAAGCUGGAGGCAAAAUGCUGCAGAGAAAGAGGGGUUGGGGUUUUUACCAUGUUUGUGUAACAGCCAGUGUGGCUUAGGUGCAUAAAUAUUCAAGAAAGAAACAUGAGAACAGAGAGGGAGGUAGAGAGAAAGGGAGCAAGAGACUAGGAGAAAAAAAUGCACAUAAUAUGGUAGAUUAGGGUGCUUGAGAUGGGGGUAGACGGAGAUCCGCCCCGUGCUGAGAUCUAAAAGGGGGGAGGGGUCUCCAACUGGUCAGAGAAACCCUUCCAGCAGGGGUCCAUUGUCUGCAACCCACAGCUAUGAAAAGAAAGCUGAUAACAGCAGAAAGCAUUUUGUAUUCCAUUGCAGGGGGUGCUUGCGGUUGAUCACCACAUGUUGCCAUUUUGUCUGAUGUCUCCUCUCUGUCAUUUCCACCUAAAGUGUUUCACAGUUUAUCCUGUGAAAGGCUUUUGCUUGCAUUUUAGGUCUGAAACUGCAGGCUGGAAGUGUUUCCCUCUUGUCUACAUCGUGCCAGAUAAAGCAUAUCCUUCCUCUCCCCGUCUCAAAAAACGACUUGUCUAUUAUUAAAAGCUUUUAAAUGGAGCAGUGUGUUGGCUGACUACCAAAUCCAGUGCCUAGUUGCCAGGGAAACACAUACCCGUAGUCUCCGCUCUCCUUUUCUCUCUCCCCCUCCUCCUCCCCAGAGGCUCAUAUUUCAAAACUGUCAGCAAUCUCAUGCAGCUCACACUGCUGCCUUUCAGCUAAAAGCUUUUUGUGCUGCCGGUGCAGCAGAAUAGAGGGACAAGGAGAGCGGAUGGGAGUGGUUAAAGGAGAGGGAGGGAAAACGAAGGGCCUCCCUCGCCGUUACCAGGGCAACUUGAUGUCACAGUGACAUCACGCACCACUAAAAGCUUUUAACCGGAUUCGUCUCCCGCUUUAGGCCCCAUUUUGAGUCCUUUUUCAGCUAGGCUAGGGGGAAGGGCACAGGCAGGACAGAGUGUGUGUGUGUGCGUGUGUGUAUGCCUUCCUGCAUGUAUCACUCCCUCACCUUCACUGCAGAUUCAACCCAGCUCUUAGCACAGUAAAAGACUUUCAAAUUCAACCUCUAAAGAUCCUAUUUCUGCAAACACAGCCGGCACAGGCCAAGAGAACCAUUUCAAAAAUGGCAACAGAGGAUGGUUUCAGCUAUCUAUUGCCAGGCCACAAUGAGAAACACAGGCGGGCCCCGAACUGGACCGACGGUGAAAUGAAAGCCCUCCUGUACGUGUGGGAGGAACACCACAACGAACUGAAAAUGAGUAAGAGGAAUGCUAAGGUUUACGAGAAGAUGUCCCAGAGGUUUUUCCAGCUGACCGGGGAGCAGCGUUUCAAAGAGGAGAUCAAGAUGAAAAUCACCAACAUGUCUUUUCAGUACAGGCGACUGAAAUCCGCAGUCAGUGAAAGUGGGGAGACGCCGGACUGGCCGUAUUACAAGCCCAUCGAGAAGAUCCUCUCCAAGCCGCUAGAGAACGGGCGGGUGAAUUCUGUGGAGUUCAAUGCCUCCGGUGCAGGUCCCUCCACUUCCUCCCAGUCUACAGACAACCUGGUGCCCCAGUCAGAGGAGGGGAUGAUGGGAUUCCUGCCAGAGUACACAGGCUCCUCAGAUGAGAUGGAGAUAAAACAGGAGCUGGAGUCUUUGAGCUCUGACAGUGAGCACACACAGGGCUCCAGCUCUCACCCUACUUCAGCCAGGAAAAGGCAUGCCAACAAGCACCUAUCCAUGAAGAGAAAGAAACUGCGAGUGAUGCAGGCCAUGUUGCAGCAACAAAGGAGGUCGAGCCGGGCCAUAGAGGAGACGUGCAGAGAGGUCCGUCGUGCCAUGCACCAACAGAACCUCCUGCAGGUCCAAUGUCUGCAGCUGCAGGAGCGCAUGAUGAACCUUCUGGAGAAGAUGAUUCAGCCUCCCUCCGCCACGUCAGCAUCGUGGGGUCAGAGUGGAGUUAAAGAUCCAGGGAAGCCAUGAAGUGUUAGGGUUAUGGUUGACUGGGAGAGAUCUUGCCUCACCCAUAGCCUUGUAGAAGCUAAAUGUAAAUGUAGCCUAUAUUUAUUAGGCAUUUCAGUUUACAUCAGACAUUUUUAAGGUUUAUCGUGUUGCAUAUGUCAAAGUAUAGCUCUUGUAUAGCAGUAUAGAGAGGUACAAAAAAUAUGCUGUUACGAUUUCUGAAGGUGGCCUCACUCUGAAUAUCAUUAAUGGAAGAUGACUGCUGGCACAUUAGCGUCCACCAUAAUUCAGUCUCCAAUCUGAGCUGUCUUUGUUAGGAUAGCUGUAUGAGAUCGUCUUUCUUGAUAAUUUGUCAAGUACCCUAUUAAAAUCACUGUGGGUCUUAUCUUGUCACUUUAUUAUUAUUAUUUUUUUUUUACUGUGCCAGGAUAUUUACAUGAUUGCAAAGGUUUGAUGCCAAAACAGGGCAAUUUGUAGCAUUAUGAACCAGCAGUUGAGGCAAUAAUCCCUGCUGUUAUUGAAGUAACAGAAAACAAGCUGUCAGCAAAUGGCAUCAUAACCAACAGAAGAUGCAGCUCUCAAAUAUUUCCUUUUUGUGCUCAAUAGCAGUACUGUCAGCAUUAACAAAAAAAUGUUGCCUAAUGUCGCCCAUGGAUGAGACAGAAUUGCUUCUAACCUUGAUUUAACAAUGUUAUACUGAUGUGUCUGUGUAGAAAGAAACUGGAAAAGACGGUGACUCUCAGAAAGUGGCCACACUGCGAUUAUAAGAAUGAAGGGCACCUGCUUUCAACUGAUAGAACGGUAGAAAGCAAGGUUUAUUUAGAUAUAAUAAAUACAACCCAAACAGAUAUUGAGUCCACUUGCUCAUUCUUCUAUUCACGUCCAGCAACUUAAGAUUGUGCAUCUCUGCGACCACACAGAUUCUUUAUUGCCCAUUAACUGGACAGAGUAAGGACAAACAAAUAACGUGUUUAAUCUGAGGUGGCACUGUAUAUUUAGGAUUAGAUACAAAUGCAAACCUCAAGUCAGAAGCUAAAAAACAUGUUUUCUUUCCUGAGAUUUCUAAACUUUAAGAUGUAAAGAUGUCCUUGUUCUUAUCUCUGCAUUUCUGCUAAUAAAACAACACACAGUCUAAUCA